AUGACUCAACCAAUUCUUCUUCCAUGCCCACUUUUGACGGUGGAUCAUCAAGAAGAAGGAAGAAGAUCGAUUCAGACUGAAUGCACCUCACCAUCAUCAUCAUCAUUAGGCUUACACACAAAUCAAACAUCCACCAUUAAUAAUGAAAUGAUUUUUAAAUUAUUAUCAUCAGAAACAUGGAUACCAAUGAACCCAAUGAACCAUCAUCGAUACAAUACAAAUUCCCUCCUCUCGAAAUGUUCAUCACCACUACUUCCACUCGUGUCUCAUGUGUUAGCCAUUUUCCUUGUAUUACUUGCUGCUGUUGCCUAUUUCACUCCUCAUGCAACUCUUCCGAACCACCUCAUGGGUUCCUCUAUUUUGUUUGAACAUUCAUCUCAACAACAACAACAAUACCAUCACCCAUUCAUAAAUACGGUUCAUGGAAUGUCCAUUCAAGAACAAUCCCAAAUUGCCUCUCGAAUCAAAGAAAUGUUUCAAUUUUCAUUCAAUUCUUAUAUGAAAUAUGCAUUUCCCUAUGAUGAAUUAAAACCAAUAUCUUGUAGUGGAAUUAGCACAUGGGGUAAUUAUUCAUUGACUCUUAUUGACUCUCUUGAUACUCUCUAUAUCAUGAACUUACAUGAUGAAUUCAAAAUGGGAGUAGAAUAUGUAUUGGAUCAUUUCAAUGAUUUUCAUUUGGAUUCUCAUGUGUCUGUGUUUGAAACCAAUAUUCGAAUAUUGGGAGGUUUAUUGAGUGCUCAUUUAUUAGCCUUAAAACAUGAUUGGUAUCGAGAGAAAAUUCGGAAUGGAAGAAGAUCAUCCUCACCACCAUCACCAUCACCAACUACUACCACUCCUACUCCUACCACUACUACCUCAUCAAGCACCUCCUCCUCAUCAUCAUCGAGUAGUACUAGUACCACUCCUAGUACCACCACCACCACCAAACAUCAUCAUUCCCUCCUCACCCUGAGUAUAGAUCUAUGCGAAAGGCUCAUCAAAGCCUUUGAUACUCCCACUCAUAUUCCGUAUGGCAUGGUCCACUUGACACUCGGUGUUCUUAAAAAUGAAAGUCAAGUCACAGCAGCAGCAGGUGGAGGCACUUUUUUAAUGGAAUUUGGUUUAUUGUCUUAUUUGACUGGUAAUAUGAAAUAUUAUGAUUAUGCAAAGAGAGCAUCACUUGCAUUGUAUUUAUUGAGAGAUCUAAAUACUAAUCUCAUUGGUAAUCACGUGAAUAUUAUGAAUGGACAUUGGACACAUCGUGAGAGUGGUAUUGGUGCUAGUUGUGAUAGUUUCUUUGAAUAUCUAUUUAAAGGAUUUAUGUUAUUUAGAGAUGAAGAGUUAAUUCAAAUGUUUAAAACAUGUUAUGAUGGUAUCAUGAAACAUGUCUAUCGAGAACCAUGGUACAGUGAUGUAGAUAUGAAAACAUCCAAGUUGACAUUUGGAUUGUACAAUUCUUUGGCAUCUUUUUGGCCAGGUCUACAAACACUUUAUGGUCAUGAUUUUGAAAAGGCAAAAAAUACCUUAAAUGCCAUAUUUGGAAUAUGGCGAUUGCAUGGAGUCAUGCCUGAGGGUUUUAAUUUAUACAUUUCAAAAGCACAGAAAGGACAAAUGCCAUAUCCAUUGAGACCUGAAAUCAUUGAGAGUGUGUAUCAUUUGUACAAAUUUGAUGGAUCCAGAGAUUCUACUUAUUUGUAUAUGGCCAGAGAUUUCUUGACAGGAUUGGAAGUUGUAUGCAAAACAAAAUGUGGUUAUGCUGUUGUGAAAGAUAGUGAAUCUAAAUUACUUGAGGAUCGAAUGGAGUCAUUCUUUCUAAGUGAAACAUUGAAAUAUUUAUAUUUAAUUUUUGAUCCUUAUAAUUUUGUUCAUUGGAAUGAAGAAAGUGGACAAGAAGAAUUACUCUAUACCUUUAAUACGGAGGCUCAUAUCAUUCCAUUGAAUUUGAAUGACUAUUUGAAAAAGUAUAAUACUCGUAUGGAAGAUGGUAGCGAUAUGGAUCACACCUCUACGAGUAGUAGUAACACUGGUAGUACUGGUAGUACGACGAGUGUUGUUCUCAAUACUCAUUUUCUAUCGUCGAUGCAUUUAUUCAAUAAGAGAGUGCAUCACAAUCCAAACAUUUUUUCUCAAAAAGGCUCUGUUGUCAUUCCUAAAUGA